CGGGGGUUGCACUUGCACUUGGGAAGGAACGCGGGCUGAAGGCUGUGGGAUUCUGGGGGCUGUCGGAGGAGCCUUCAUCCCCAAGGGCCUCCCUGGCUUUGCCUUGAGAGUGAGGGAAAGGACCGUGGCCCCUUUAAGACUAACUGGAAGAAGGCAGCGGCAGCAGCUUUCCCUGAGGCUCCUCCAGUCUGCUUCCUCAGUUUAGAAACACCUUGAUUGAGCAGUCUGUGUCAGUACACCUCUAUUAGGAAAAUGGCCUCUGCAGUAAUUAGUUCGGUGCCUACUACAGCAUCUAGGUUUGCUCUUUUACAAGUUGAUAGUGGCAGCGGAUCUGAUUCAGAAUCUGGAAAAGGAAGAAGUAUUCGAAGUGGUGGAAAGUCUCAAAUGUCAGGCAGCAAGUCAUCUACAAAUGAGAAGAAAAAAGAAAAGAGGAGGAAGAAGAAGGAACAGCAGCAGAGUGAGGCAAAUGAGCUCAGAAAUCUUGCAUUUAAAAAAAUUCCUCAGAAAACUUCCCAUGGAGCCGGUUUGUCUCAGCCUGAGCAGGCACUGAACAAUUCAUCACAGAAAGACUCUCAGGAAGAAAACUGGCAAGAGUGGAGACAGAGAGAUGAACAGCUGACUUCUGAAAUGUUUGAAGCAGAUCUUGAGAAAGCUUUACUUCUAAGCAAACUGGAAUAUGAAGAACAUAGAAAGGAAUAUGAACAUGUUGAAAAUGCUUCUCCUCCAUCAAAGACUGUGCAUAAGAAAGAAAAAAGGAAAAAUCAACAGGGAAAAGACAAGCCUCUAACAGUGUCUUUAAAAGAUUUUCAAUGUGAUGCCAGCAUAGAUCACCUUCCCAAAAAGCAGGAGGAAUUGGGCUCACAUACUGUAUUGCAUGAUGGUGAAUUCUUCACUAGACUGGAAGAUGAUGUGCAUAAAAUACUUGUUAGAGAAAAAAGAAGAGAACUUAUUACAGACAAUGGAAUGGAUAACAGCACAUCAUGUGACCACCCACAGGAUUUUUUUCUGAAAGAUGGAAGAAUAGAAAGACUAAAGUUGGAACUUGAAAAGAAAGAUGCAGAAAUCCACCAAUUAAAGAGUGUGAUCAUUCAAUGGGAGGCAAAGUAUAAAGAAGUAAAAGCACGAAAUGCACAGCUGUUGAAAAUGUUACAAGAAGGUGAAAUGAAAGAUAAAGCCGAAAUACUACUUCAAGUUGAUGAAUCUCAGAGUAUUAAGAAUGAGCUGACUUUACAGGUUACCAGUCUUCAUGCUGCACUGGAACAAGAAAGAUCUAAAGUGAAAUUACUCCAAGCAGAGUUAACAAAAUAUCAGGCUGGAAGAAAAGGAAAAAGAAAUUCAGAGUCUGACCAGUGCAGGUGAUUACACUUGCAAUACAAAGCAAAGCAAAAAAUAAAAGAAGUCUUCAGGGUUUUGCAGAAAUGUAUAUUUGUAUUACUGCUUAACUAUGCAGUUUUGGGAGGGGGUUGGAAGUAAAGUUUGAUUGACUAACAAUCACAAUAUUCAAUCUGUUGUACUUUUAGUGUAAAGAAGAGAGACUGGAAACUAAUAUUACAAUGAUGCUCAAAACUUAGUUUGUCCUAAUUCUACAUCUAGUUUUUCAUCAAUCAAUAAACCUUUUUUGUCA